UUUUGUGUAAAUGGACCGGGGUUAGCGCUCUUGUUUGCAGGUUAGUCGUCAUUUUGAAACCGGCGCCUUAUGGCGGCUUAAAUUCAUGUUUUCAGAUUGCAGCUAUCCUACCGCCAAUUGUGCAUGCCUUGUUUUCUGUCUGUUUUGUUUUAGUACGGAGGUUCCAAGUGUCGUUGCCAUCUCAACAGCUUAGUUUUGAUUGUGAACAAUUCCUUAAGCUUCCACGGCAAGGUAGCUAAUAAUAGCCGCGAUACAAGUGUCCAUACCUGAUCUUUUUACCCAGCCACAGUUUUUGAGUGCUCGUUUCCCAAGAAGACAAGCGCACAGCAGUUGUAGUUAAGCUUCUUGGAGGGCAACAUGUCAGGCGCUAACAGAACAGAGGGAAGCGCGGCUAAUGACUACCACAACCAGGAAAAUGUGCUGCAAAGACUCAGAGGCUCUAUCAAAGCCCGUCCUGUGGCUAGUGAAAACCAAGAAAACCUGCCCCCGAAGCAAACUGCCAACAACAGGACCGUGCUGGGAGCCCUGCAGAACAACCAGAGGAACAUAACCCAGCUAGGCGGAAAGCAGGAGUCGACAAAGUCUUUGUCUUGUAAAACUGAAGACUUUGGCAAAAGCUGCCUUGAUAAGCCACCGGCCAAGCAACCCGCUUUCCAGAUCCAUGUCGACGAGCCUGAUGGAGCCUGUGUCAAGAAAUCCCAGCAGGCAGCUGAGAGUAUCAAAGUAAAGCCCACAGUUGAUGAAUCCCCACUGGCAAUCAGUACUGUGGCACGGCUUCGGCAGCCCCUUGCCACCAUUGACUUGCCAUCAGCGAUGGAUGUCAGCUUUGAUUCUCCGAUGGACAUGUCUGUGAUUGAGGGGGAGGAAAAAACAGCCAAUGUAAAUGAGGCCCCAGAAUAUGCAGCUGAAAUCCACACCUACCUGAGGGAAAUGGAGGUGAAAACCAGGCCUAAAGCUGGCUACAUGAAGAAGCAGCCUGACAUCACAAACAGCAUGAGGGCCAUUCUGGUGGACUGGCUGGUAGAGGUUGGAGAAGAGUACAAGCUCCAGAAUGAGACUCUUUAUUUGGCCGUUAACUACAUUGAUCGCUUCCUUUCAUCAAUGUCUGUGCUAAGGGGCAAACUUCAGCUGGUUGGGACCGCUGCUAUGCUGCUAGCUUCGAAAUUUGAAGAGAUCUACCCCCCAGAGGUGGCAGAGUUUGUUUACAUCACAGAUGACACCUACACAAAGAAGCAAGUGUUAAGAAUGGAGCAUCUGGUGCUUAAAGUGCUCUCAUUUGACAUGGCAGCACCAACAAUAAACCAGUUUCUCACUCAGUAUUUCCUCCAGCACUCCAUUACCAAACAAGUAGAGAGCUUGGCAAUGUACCUUGGGGAGCUCAGUCUGGUUGAUUCAGAUCCUUUCCUGAAAUACCUGCCGUCACAGACAGCAGCUGCAGCCUACGUCCUGGCCAACAACACAGUGACUGGUGGCUCAUGGCCCAAGUCCUUGAAGGAGAUGACUGGCUACUCACUGGAAGAUCUGAUGCCAUGUGUUGAGGAUCUUCACCAAACAUACCUCAGUGCCCCCCAGCAUGCGCAGCAGUCUGUCCGGGAAAAGUACAAGGGCUCAAAGUACUCUGAGGCCUCAACCAUCAACGCACCAACUAAAUUGCAGCUGAACUGAUUCCUCAUCCCCCUGUAUCCAUGUUGUCAUACCCCUGUCACUUAAAGAUGUGUGUCAGAUAUGCCCUGCUCUUUUUGGAGUAGUGCUAGGUAUUUUAGAUGUUUGUUUUUUUUAUAUAUUUUUAUAUUAAGCCCAAGAUUCAUGCCACACUACAAUUAUUGGCAAAUCAAGCAGUUUUAAUCAGACAAACUAAAGGUCUUAUAGCACUCAGUGUGCUACUUGGAUCUUCAGUGUCUCUAGUUGAUCUGUAAACUUAAACUCAGAACUAACUGUGGCCUUUUUUCAAAUUUUUCUGGCUUAGAUUCCUAAGCAGUUGCAGGUUUACCCUGUUUUUUUUUGAGGUGUAACCUUGAACCGUUUGGCCUCAUGGAUGCAGAUUAAAGUUUGUCUGUCAUGGAGUCGUGAUUACGCUGGUGUCUUUGAAGUUGAACACACUUUGGGACAUCUUCUGCACUAGUAAAGUGUGGCUCUUGUAAAUAAAAUUCUUUUAAAUAAGA